AUGGUGCCACCGAUCCGCACAGAAAAAGAUGACAAGGCCAUUGCCUUCGCAAAGACCCUGGAACAUGUACCCUGGUGCGAUGACUAUGAGAAGAUGGUCUCUGGCAUGCUGUACAGCUGCAUGGCGCCGGAGCUGGUGGAAUCGAGGCACCGUGCCCGACGUCUGGCCCAGAAGUUCAACACUUAUGUCCCGGGUGACGAUGAAUCUGCAGACGACGUUGCCACAAAGAGAGUAGGCAUGAUUAAGGAGCUAUUCGGUAGCAUUGGAAAUGACGUCUACAUCGAGCCCAGCCUGCAAGUUGACUAUGGUUGCAACAUCACGGUUGGAGACCGCUUCUAUGCCAACUUCAAGUAUGCCAUCUCCUAUUUCCUUCUACAUCCAAGAACUACCUCCGUUUUUCCCCACGAAAAAACACUGCUGACUAGGGACGUACCAAGCUGCGUCAUUCUCGACUGUGCUCAUGUUACCAUUGGAAACAAUGUCUUCUUCGCGACAGGAGUCAGUCUCAUCACGGCAACCCACGAGACUGCCUUGCAGUCCAGGAGAGACAACAUCGAGUACGCAGAGCCCAUCACCAUUGGCGAUGACUGCUGGUUUGGAUCGAAUGUCACCGUGUUGCCGGGAGUCAAGGUUGGCAAGGGCUGCACCAUUGGUGCGGGCGCGCUCGUAAACAAAGAUAUCCCGGAUUACUCGGUCGCAGUUGGUGUUCCGGCAAAGGUUGUUAAAAAGGUUGAACCGGUUGAUUAG